UUGUAAGAAGCAGCAGCCAGCUGAGGGUCCCGGUACGAUGGAGGGGUCAGGCAACUGCGGCCGCCGUGACGGAAAGCGCAAAACCUCACAUCCAGCCAGAAGUGCGGAAACCCAAGACUGGGAUCUUGAUGUUGAACAUGGGAGGUCCAGAGCGGCUGGAUGAUGUGCACGAUUUCUUACUUCGCCUCUUCCUGGACAGGGAUCUGAUGACACUUCCAGCUCAAAAUAAAUUAGCACCGUUCAUUGCCAAACGCCGCACACCGAAGAUCCAGGAGCAGUACAGCAGGAUUGGAGGUGGAUCACCGAUCAAGAAGUGGACGGCGGUGCAGGGAGAAGGCAUGGUGAAGCUGCUGGACAGCAUGUCUCCUCACACAGCACCCCACAAAUACUACAUUGGCUUCCGCUACGUGCAUCCUCUGACAGAAGAAGCCAUUGAGGAGAUGGAGAAGGACGGCGUGGAGAGGGCCAUCGCAUUCACCCAGUACCCCCAGUACAGCUGCUCCACCACCGGAAGCAGUUUAAAUGCCAUUUAUCGCUACUACAACAAGAAAGGGCAGAAGCCAAAGAUGAAGUGGAGCAUAAUUGACCGGUGGCCUACACAUCCCCUUCUCAUUCAGUGCUUCACCGAUCACAUACAAAAGGAGCUGAACCUGUUUCCACCUGACAAAAGGAAAGACGUCGUCAUCCUCUUCUCGGCUCACUCGCUGCCCAUGUCUGUGGUGAACCGUGGUGAUCCGUACCCUCAGGAAGUGGGAGCCACUGUGCAGAGGGUCAUGGAGAAGCUGAACUACUCCAACCCGUACAGGCUGGUGUGGCAGUCCAAGGUUGGACCGAUGCCGUGGCUUGGCCCGCAGACCGAUGAGACCAUUAAAGGGCUGUGCCAAAGGGGAAAGAAGAACAUGCUGCUGGUCCCCAUAGCCUUCACAAGUGACCACAUUGAAACGCUUUACGAGCUGGAUAUUGAGUAUUCCCAAGUUUUAGCAAAUGAGUGUGGAGUUGAAAAUAUCAGAAGAGCAGAGUCUCUCAAUGGCAAUCCACUGUUCUCCAAGGCCCUGGCAGACCUGGUCUGCUCGCAUCUCCAGUCCAACGAGGUCUGCUCCCGGCAGCUGACGCUGUGCUGCCCGCUCUGCGUCAACCCAGUCUGCAGGGAGACCAAAGCCUUCUUCACCAGCCAGCAGCUGUGA